UAUUAAUAAACCCCUUUCUGGAGUGUCUGCUGGGGACUACUUCAUGGAUAUUAUGGGUGCAACCGAUGGUGUUUGGUCGAAGGAAGACCCGGCUAUUCCUGUAGUGGCCGGAGAUACAAUUUACUAUUGGAUUCUUGUAUUCGUUAAUGGUGGAGGAUAUCAGAAAACAGAUUUAUCUGGUGUAGUCGCGGGCAAUGAACCUACCACAACACCAGUACCUGACACAACCACACAGAAGGUUACCACAACUGCCACAACCACCACCAGCACCACCACAACCACUACAACCACAACCCCGGGGCCUCAGUUCCCCCGGCCACAACUAGAACAGAUGGUACCCAUGGGGUUCCGCAUGUGGAUAAAAGAUUUCGAAGGUCUUGAGCAUGUGGGAUUCCACUUCUCCGUGAACGAGGAGCUGUCUGGGGUUGAUUAUGGACAAGAGAAUAUUGAAAUAGAUGCUGCCAGCUCUGAUGGUACUUGGUCUCAUUCAUGGGCUAAUAUUCGACUACAAGAUGGAGACACAGUGAACUACUGGUAUUACCUUGUAGUGGAUAAGCAUGGGUUUCAGUUCACAGAAAACUCAUGGACAAUCGGAGAAACUAUUCCCAUAGGUAGUACAACAACAACCAGUCCAGGGACCACUAUCCCAGAUAUUCUCUCAGUUACCGAGUCUAAUAUUGGAAAAUAUUUUGCACCUGGGCAGCUUAUCUUUGAGGACAACUUUGAUUUUUUUGAUGAAUAUACUUGGGAGAAUGAAAUCACUCUAGGAGGCGGAGGAAACUGGGAAUUCCAAUUCUACACCCACAACCGAACCAACAGCUACACAAGAGAUGGAAACCUAUUUCUUAAAGCUACACUUACUGAAGAUGCUUUCGGAGAAGAAUUUCUCACAUCACAGAUAAUGGAUGUAUGGUCUGGGUCCCCAGGCAGUGAAUGCACAAGCAACGCCUUCUAUGGUUGUUUCAGAGUUGGAACACCCACCAACAUGAUCAACCCUAUAAUGUCUGGUAGGCUCAGAUCUGCUAAAUCUUUCACCUUCAUGUAUGGAAAGGUUGAGGCCAGAGCCCGUCUGCCUGUUGGAGAUUGGUUGUGGCCAGCCAUUUGGCUUCUACCGGUCAAAUCUAAAUAUGGACAAUGGCCAGCAAGUGGAGAAAUAGAUAUAAUGGAGAGCAGGGGAAACCUGGAGUACUCUAAGGAUGGGAUGGAUAUUGGAGUAAACCAGUUUGGUUCAACACUCCAGUUUGGUGGAGGAUAUCCGCUCAAUGGGUAUGAAAAGGCUCACUGUGAUUACAAUCUACCUGGAGGAGCAGGCUUUCACGAAGAUUUCCAUACUUUUGGUCUAGACUGGACUCCUACGUACCUGGCUUUCAGUAUUGAUGGAGUUGAGUAUUGUAAGAUUGAGCCUCCAGAGGGUGGGUUCUGGGAGUUGGGAGAAUGGCAGGAUACAGACAUGUUAAACCCAUGGAACUGGGGCAGAAAUAAGAGGAUUGCACCUUUCGAUGAACAGUUCUUCCUAGUACUAAAUUUGGCAGUUGGAGGAACCGGAGGCUAUUUCCCUGACGAGGCAACUGGUGGUUCCGGUAAACCCUGGAGUAACGAAAGUCCGACAGCUAUGGGAGAUUUCUUCAAUGCAAAGAGCAGUUGGUUGCCGACCUGGAACAUGGAGGAAAACAACGGUGAAGGAGCUGCCAUGGCGGUCGAUUAUAUUCGAGUUUGGGCCUCAGAUGUUAUCCAAGAAUAUUAGAAAUAUUUGGCAAAAAUGUAAAAGUGUGUAAUAAUCUUUAAAUAAAACUCUUCGCUCAUUUUC